CUCAAAGGUUACAACAUUUACAGAAACGAUCGAGUUGGACAAACGGGUGGAGGAGUUCUUCUAGCUGUCAAAGAGAACAUCAAAUCCCGUGAAUUAAUCAACAAAACGAUCGACAACAACGAAAUUGUUGCAAUUGAGAUUGAAACAAAAUCGUAUGGUCGCAUUCUUAUUGCGUCAAUUUAUGUCCCACCAAAAGCAAAAAUUGCUCCUGAAGUGUUUCGCGAUCUUCAUCAAAUCAAUAACGACUGUAUUGUGAUGGGCGACCUGAAUGCAGCGUUAGAAGAGAUGGGAUCACGGAAAACAAACAAGAAGGGCAAACAACUGGAGGACAUUAUUAAUGAAGGUUUCCUCAUUGGUAUCGAUGAUAACAGUACAACAUUU